CAAAAAAAUAAAGAAAGAACACGGUUUCAGACAUUUAUGGUUAAUUAAGACACGGUUGGUCUGGACGAAUAAUAACUCCUAGGGGAAAGAGAAAAAUAGUAUUUUUUUCUCCAAUCCCCAAAACGCAAGAAAACAAUGUCGUUUAACAGCUCCCACCUCCUUCCUCCGCAGGAAGACCUUCCUCUCCGACACUACUCCUCCGAUCAAUCACACCAACCGUCUCUCCUCACCGCCAGUUUCCUCCACCUCCCUCCCACCACAGCCACAACCGACUCCGAGUUUACCCAUCCGCAUCGCGACGGAGACAGUCCCGCUGCUGCUGCUACGAACCGACGGUGGCUCUCAUUCCACACGGAGGUCGAAAACACGGAAGAAGUCAAUCCUGAAGUCAACGCCGAUGGUGUUGAAGAUUGGAAGAGCGCUAGCGACAAAGCUGCGAUUUUGAAACAUCCCAUGUACGAGCAGCUUCUGGCAGCCCACGUGGCUUGCCUUAGUGUCGCUACUCCCGUUGACCAGAUUCCGAGGAUCGAUGCCCAGCUCAGCCAGUUACACACCGUAGCCGCAAAGUACUCCUCUCUCGGUGUGGGUAUGGACAACAAGGAGCUUGAUCAUUUCAUGUCACAUUACGUUGUGGUGUUAUGUUCGUUUAAAGAACAACUCCAACACCACGUCUGUGUCCAUGCGUUAGAAGCCAUUACGGCUUGUUGGGAGAUUGAGCAGUCACUACAAUCCAUAACGGGAGUUUCACCGAGUGAAAGUAACGGCAAGACAAUGUCUGAUGAUGAUGAAGAUGAUAAUCAAGUAGUAGAGAGCGAGGUGAACAUGUUUGAUGGAAGUUUGGACGGUUCAGAUUGCAUGAUGGGAUUCGGGCCUCUUGUUCCAACCGAGCGGGAGAGAUCCUUGGUGGAGCGUGUGAAGAAGGAACUGAAGCAUGAGCUUAAACAGGGUUUCAAAGAGAAGAUUGUGGACAUAAGAGAGGAGAUAAUGAGGAAGAGAAGGGCUGGGAAGUUGCCUGGAGACACAACGUCUGUGCUCAAAGAGUGGUGGCGGACUCACUCCAAAUGGCCAUACCCAACUGAGGAAGAUAAGGCAAGGCUUGUGGAAGAAACCGGUUUACAGUUGAAGCAGAUUAACAAUUGGUUUAUCAACCAGAGGAAAAGAAACUGGAACAGCAGCUCUUCCACAUCAUCUACUCUCUCCAAGAGCAAACGUAAACGGACUGGGAAGUCGUAGGUGACAUUCUGGUUAACCAGAGGAUGAUGCUUGCUUCUCCGGAUAUGAAAGACAUGGUUUCUCCUCCGGUUAUGUGAUCGUACUAAUUACAAUAUGUAUAGGUCUAUCGGUUUGCCUAUAAAAUUGGAUUUGUAGAGCUUAAUCAUGUUUGUAUCAGCUUAAAAUCUAUGUUUAUGUGUGUAUAUAAAGUAUAGUUCUUGGAAGUUGGUUUUUGCGUCUAGUAAUGAACGCUUGGUCGGUUUUUUUCUUUGUAAAUUGCUAUGGUUCAUUAGUAUCAAACAAUAUUCAUCGCAGUUAAA